AUGUCGAAUUCUAUCUUGACCGAGGGUGUGAAGGAAUCAUCCUCAUCCUCAUCCUCACCCUCUACUAAUAAUCAUGAUGAAAACAUGUCCACCACCACGACCACAAAACGGCCAAGACAAGAACGCCUUUCCCCAGCAGCAAUCGCGGCGGCCAAUUCCAGCCAUUUGACAGGCCGACGAGGAGAUAUUCGUAUGCACAAGGCCGUGGCAGCAAGAAUGGCCGAUCCUUCCAUUUCCCUUUAUGAUGCUUUGGUCAUUGGUGGUUUUGAUUACCCUUCGGAUGAUUCGGCAACCACAGUGGAUGAGGACAAGGUCACCUUGGGACAGCGCAAAAAUCAGCUCAGUCGACGACUGCGAUUGGCCAAACGACAAAAGAAACAUGGAGAAAAGAAGGGAAGUAAGACUAUGGAUCAUGGUGGGGAUCAUGAUUCAUGUUCGACUCCUCCCCCAAAGAAUCCGACUAUCUGUGCCCAUUCAAAACAUGAACACAAUCACCAGCCAUCCACACCAACACUACUAGCAGAACAAGAAGCUGCCUGUUCGCAACAACAACAACAUCAUCAUCAUCAUCAUCAUCACCAUGAUGAUGGUGCUGCCAUUAUUGAGACCACCAAUACAGAUGCAACAGCGAUUGCGUCUCUCCUGGAAUCCGCGCAGUCCGUUGGUCUCACAUUGCAACAGCUGGCGGAAACGAUUGCUUCCAAUCGAACAACUUUAAGCAGCCUUGUCAUGGCGCGAGAUCAGCAAUCGCAGUGCUGUGAUGACAAAUCAUCUUCGAUUUCCACGACUCGUCAAAAACAAAAAAAGGUCGCUCUACGAUUGCACCAAAUUGAAUCCAAGGCAUUGUACGACAAGUGUCUGGUGCUUGCCGACGCUGAUCUGGACGACGACUAUGCUCCUUUGUCAAAGCAACAUUUGCAGUUUUGUUUCCAGGCCUGGCAAACCGAAGGCAAACGACUCGGUGGCCUAAUGGAAAAGCAUCAUCCCGAUUGGAUUCAACAAUUGCAUUCUGACGGAAAUAAAGUCGUGGCUACAGGAAACAAACGAACACGAUCCACCAUGACGACUAACUCCUUUGACCACCCCCACAACAAAAAGAAGCAUCAUCAAGGUCAUCACAAUCACAACCACAAUCACAACAAAAAACCGUGUCACAACCAAACUGGUUUGCACAUUCACCGACUUGAUGGUCAAUGUGGUCACAAACCCAUUAUUCAUCAUCCCAAAGAUGGAGUACCACACAUUGACUUUAUUGUGGGAGACAUGGUCGAAUGUUAUCAUGGAGUGGAUCCCAUCAAACGAAACAAGGCACCAUUCACGGCUGCAGUUCCUCCAUCGGAACGAGUCAUCAAGUGGCAAUCCAAAUAUACCUGUGGGGAAAUGGAUUGCAGUGGCGAAUGUCCCAGCACUGGUACUCCUGGUGUUGUUGCUGGUGUUGAUCCACAUGUCGUCGUUGUUACCAAUCCACCUGUACCACCGCCACCCAUAAUGGGUGUACAGGACACUAGUACUACUGUCGUGAUUGCCCCCAAUGAUCAAUAUUUGGCCAACCUACAACCACCGCCGCCUCCUCCACCACCACCAGCAGCACCGCCGGCUUUGGAACCAAAGUCAAUCCCCAUUGCCAAAAUCCGAGAAAAUGAUCCGGAAUGGAAUUUUGAACCGGAUGAAAGUAUGGAUGAUUUGCUAAAUGGAUUGCUCAUGCACAAUGAAUUGGUGUAUUGA